UAAAUUAAAACUGUAAAAUGGAUUAUGAUUUAGCUCGAAUAGACUAUACUCUUUGUGGAGUAACAUAUCCAGAUGCGUUAAAAAUUUUGCCGGCUACUGAUCAAAAGGUGCAACAAAAGUUUGCAGUAGGAGAUAAAAAUGGAGUAUUGCAAUGUCUAAGUAUUAAAGACGAAGAACCAAUUGUCCACUUUAAAACUUUACCAGGAAAACCUAUCACUUCUGUACAACUUGCUUCCUCUGUAGGAACCAACGCGGACAAAAUUUUUGCAGCUUCGGGGAACGAAGUAAAAGGUUAUACUAAAAAAGGCAAAGUAUUUUUCGGCAUUGAAACUUCAGUUUCGGAAACGAUUACAUCCAUGAUAUUUAUAUUCAGGUGCGUAUUGGGCAAUGACCUCAUUUUGUGUUCUGGAAGAACGGUGACAUUCUAUAGGGAACUACAGGAAAUAUAUUGCUAUGUUUGUGAUGACAGAGUGCUUGACGCUAUCGCUUUUGCUACACGGAACAGAAAUCGUAUUCGGAUAUUAGUGUUAAUUGCAAACAAAGAAGCACUAAUUAUUGAGAACGGGAAAAUGCAAAAGCGGACACAUAUUUCUUCUGGGCCAACCCGGUUUACAGUACCGCAGUCUCUACAAACAUCUGACGUAUACGCUUUUUACGGUUCUGUAGAUGGUUCCAUCGGGCUCGUUACUUAUGAUGAAUCAGAGUUAUCCGCCAAAUGUUUAGUGGAAGGGUGUGGAUUGGGCUCUAUUAUGUGCGUUGGGUGGUUUAUCAAUAAUUCUGGCACUCAUCUUGCGGUAGGUCGGCAUGAUGGUUCCAUCCAAUUGUACCUUGUCAACACGGACGACUUGACGGAAAAACCGAGAUUGAAGUUUACUUACUUUUCCGGUGAGCCUGUGACCUCAGUUUGCGGCGGUUGUAUUGGAACGGAUGAACCGGAGUUGCUUGUUACAACUUUUUCAGGAAGGAUUUUCGGCUUAAGAUCAAGCAGACUUAUUGCUUCCUUAAACAAAACUUCUGGAGACGCUCUUGCUACGAGACGUUCAAAACUUGAGUCUGAAGUUUUACGUUUAGAAAAACAAACAGUAAAUGAGCGUGAAAAAUAUAAAAAGAACACGCGGUCUUUAUUUCCUGGACUCUCAGCACCACCCUUAUUAGAUAUACAAUACGAGCUUUCGGGGGCCACUCACAAUGGUUGGCAAGAAGCAAAAAUCACAUCUGCAGUACCCCUCGACAUGCUUUUUGUAUAUUGUGAUAGCCAACUAGAAAUUCAGACAGAUAAUGCAGCCGUGCUAAGCACAUGUGCUCCACAGCCUCAGGAAAUCAACAAAACAGAGUUGUUAACAACUAUCAGAUGUCAGGCCGGAACAAGGCGAGUUUGGCUGCGUUUGCGCAUUGUGAAUUUUGAGGACACAAAGAUGGAAGGAACUCGAGUGCUCGUCUACAUUUUACCAGCAGGCGCUCCAAGAGUCGCUCGAGUUAUUAAGUUUCACUUGCCCAUUUUACCACACUAUUCUAAAUAUGAAUCCUUAGAAGUUGAAGAAAAUAAAAGGCCUUGGUGUGAGCUUCAAGUAUCAGGAGGUUUCUCGGUAGCUGAAAUGACAUCUUGGUUAACUGAUGUGCUACCAGGCGAACUACCUAGACCAGCUAACAAAGUUACUUUUGUACGAUCACAUUCUUUCCUUGAGACUUUUCUCAUAUGCAAAUAUCAACGAGGUUUGGCUAUUUUUAAGUCGGACAAUAUAUCAACAAUAGUGAUAUUGAAAAAUUUCAUCUCAAACUGUUGCAUAAGAAGAAAUAUUCGAGAAGAAAUGUCCUGUGAUGUUCCAGAAGAUUUUUGCUUGGCAGCAUUUAAAUUGUUAAAAGAAAAAUAUAAAUCAGAAUACCAAAGAAAAAAAGAAAUUGAUAUCAAAAAGGCAAUAAGUUCUCUAGAUUUGGAUGCAAUGACCGUUAAUGAAACUGUGCCAAUAUUAUGUGAAGACUAUCUGCUUAUGUAUAAUUUAUCAGAAGACAAUAGCAUUGAGACUAAUUUUGCUCAAUUAAUUGAAACAGUAGCAAAAUGGUACACAGAUUGGUGGAAGUUAUAUUCAAGUGAAAGUUUUCUCACUAAUGAUUUAUCAAAACUACAAAAAGCUCUAAUAAAUUGCCAACUUGAUGAAGUAGAGAACAUUAUGGAUUUUAAUCAUAAGUCAUCACAGAAUACAAAAAGUAACUUCUACUAAAGCAGUGAUAAUAAUAGCUCAUGUUUAGA